UGCUCCUGCUUCCGUUUGCAGAUAUGGUGGUGGCAGCUUCUAUCAAAGGGCAAUCCCCAAAAGAAGGUGUGUUAAGCUUUCUACAUGAUGCACUAGCACUUACUACAGAAAGGACCACACCUGCAGCCGUCACAGCACAAAGGACCCCUCUAUGUGGCACUGUGAAUGAGCAAGACUCAGACGAUAUGUCAGAUGCCAAAUCUACAGAGAGCUCUGAAACCAACAGAUGUUCAGAACCUGAUGCGUUUGACAAAAAUGGAGAUGAAAGCAGAGAUGUAUCCAAAGACCUUGACAGCGAUGAGAUCAUGAUUCCUGGAGCUGUGGCAAAAAAUGAGGCUCCGUCAAGGAAGGUGACUGUAGUGGGCAAAGACGGUAUGGCAGCGAUGGAUAUGACCAGCAGCCUGGUUCAGGACCAUGGGAGCAGGGAGCAUAGUUUGAUUCAAGGAGAACUCCAAGCAAGCAGAGACAGUGAGGAAGGAGGGAUAACAAAUGCUUGGGAGGAUGGCGGUCAAAGCACCAAUCUCCAAAGGUGGGCCACACGAGGAAAAGUUAAUGGGAUGAGUGGUAUGUUGGUCCAUGGCCAAAUCAGAGAAAGGCCAAAUUGGGGUAGUUUGGAAGACAGCAGUGACAGCCUGGCUGGAGUCAGCACCAAUAAACAAACGGACUAUGAUGUCCCACAAGAGCACAGGCCCAGCAGCUUGCCCAUUCCAUCCAAGAGCCAUGUCGCUUGA